AUGUCGAGUCGUCAAACUAACCAACACACUAGAGCUACAGGCCAAGGUGGUCCUGAUUUAGGAGCUCCUGGAACCACAGGUGCAGCAGGAGCCCGUGACCCAAUGGGAGCACCUGGUUCCACUGGAGCCUCCAGGACCACCAUGGGUGGCGCUACAGGAGUAGGAUAUGACCCAACAGAAUACGGCACCGAAGGCGGAGGACAAGAGCAGCUCCACCGCUCAACUGGUGUUGAUGUUGGCACUGGUCAAGCUGGUUACACUUACACUUAUGGUACCGCAGCUAGUAUGGACCCAACUGCGACUGGGUACCGUGCUGAGGUUCAUGAGGUUCACGUCCCUCAUACUACUGGGGUGACGGGAACUUAUGGUGGAGGUUAUGAUGGUGUGGAUGUUGGAGGUGGUGGUGGUGUUGGAGGCGGUUACGACAUUGGGGAUCUUGGUGGUGCUGGUGGUGGUGUAGGCGGUGUUGGUUAUGAUACUGGAGAGAGAGGUGAGCGGGCUCAUGGGGUCGGACAGAGGAGAGGUGGCUAUGACACUGGGGGAGUUCAAGAUAAAAGAGAAGGGCAGCGUCGAGGAUAG